AUGACUAAAUCUAAUUCGACUUCUGAAUCAUUGUUUCCUUCAAGUUAUCCAGAUUUUGUAUACAAUUUUUCCUAUGGUGCAAAUAUGUUUCCCAAUGUUUUAUCGGGUCGAAGAAAAACUCACCCAAUAGAAUCUAUUCCCGGUGUAUUAGAAGGAUGGCAGUUAACUUUUGACUUACGAGGUAUUCCAGCACUUGAACCAUGUUUCGGAAAUAUUAAAGAAAAUCCUGAUGCAGAAGUUCAUGGUAUAUUACAUAAAAUGACUGGUAAACAAUUUAAAUAUUUAUUAACAACAGAAGGAGGAAGUGGAGUUAAUCCGAAUGGAUAUAUUCCACAUAAAGUUAAUGUACAUGCUUAUGAUGGACGUAUAAUUGAAGCUUAUACAUUAGUAGUUCGUCGGAUUAGUCCAUCAAUAGCGAGUCAUCAUGUAUUACCUAGUGUUCGUUAUAUGAGUCUUCUACGUAAUGGUGCUGCCCAUCAUAAGAUUCAUCCUUUAUAUAUUGAAUAUUUACAAUCUUUACCUUCAUUUGAACGUAGUAAACCAGUUAUGAUAUUAGUUAUUUUUGAAAUAUUAUUAUUGAUUAUUUUCUCUUCUCCAGUUUGGAUUCCCGUAGUUAUUUAUUACGUAUGUACAAACCAAAAAGCACAAGCAAGAGCAUAUUUUUUUUCAUUGAUUAUGGUUAAUUCAUGGCGUAUCUAUCGUUUUCUUGGUGCUAGUAGAGUUUUUCAACCUUAUUAUUCUGCACCAUUUCCUCUUGGAAGUACAAAUUUCAAAGAGAAUACAGAAACUUUUCGUACUCAAGUACAAAUCGAUGAACAAACAUUACCCGAUACUAUAACAGAUAUUUUACCCGAGUCCAACACAUCAUCGCCCAUUUCUCAAACAACUAUACAACGAAAAAACAGUUAA